CAUCAUUUUCGAAGAUUUUCUGCUUCUCCGUGUCUGAAUCACGAAGAAGUAUUUGUUCAUAGGGACACUAAGGAUAAUAAUGCCACGACACCUUUUGAAUUUACUGAAGCUAAUAUGAUGAGAAUUGCAGCUAUCAUCCAGAACUAUCCUGAAGGGGCGCAGAGAUCAGCCCUGGGUGCAUGUGUCGAUAUAGUACAGCGUCAAAUUGGCUGGGUACCUAUAUCUGCGAUGCACAAAAUUGCAGAGAUUCUGAGUAUGCCAAGAAUGAGAGUAUACGAAUGGUGCACAUUUUACACUAUGACUAAGAGGCGAUACAGAGGAAAGUACAAUGUAAAAGUUUGCGUAACGACACCUUGCAUGCUGCGCGGCUCCGACAUCAUACUGCAGGCUGUCGAGCAAGCGACGUGCUGCUGUGCGGGCAGCUUGUCUGACGACGGCAUGUUCGGGGUGGACAAGGUCGAGUGCGCAGGCGCAUGCGCUAAUGCUCCUGUGCUGGUUAUUGACGAUGAUUAUUAUGAAGAUGUGACUGUUUGCGACGUUCAAAACAUUAUUCAAACUCUGAAAUGCGGAGGUAUCCCGCCACCUGGACCACAGAGUGGAAGAUUUAGUUGCGAGCCUAUAUGUGGCUUGACCAGUCUGUGUGAGUGUCCCCCUGGGCCAGGAUUUGGUAUUCAGCCAGCAUUAUUUUCUAAUACUCCUAAAAAGAAGUGA